UAGGAAGCGAAUAGUUUUGCUUCCAUCUCUCUCCGUUUAACGAAUUGUAAAUGUUAAAAAGGGGAAACAACUUUCCCCUGUUUUUACGGGUGGGUUAGCUUUUGACAGGUUCUGCGCUCCCUUCCCAGGACUGCUUUCUCUAACAACAUACGUUAUACAUCGGUUGGAGUUUCCUUGCUGCCACGGAAAGCAGAGCCCCUCCCUCUCCCUUUCAUACGGUUCGAGGGACGGGGCUUAAUAGCUGGCAUCAAAGGAGGGGAGUUCCCUUCGUUGUAACGAUCUAACUAAAAGAAAGAAAAAAGAAAAGAAGAAGGAAGUGGAAUUUGGGUGGGAUUGUUGUUCCCCUCUGUUUGUUAGAGCGAUAGCUGUCCAAAAGGGUCAACAGCAGCAUAUAAUUCUCGUGGACCGGUUUCUUCUCCUCUUCUCCCCCUCUUCCACCUUCCCAGCCCAAUUCACCUCUCUCCCUCCCUCGGUCCUUCGCCCCUCCGUCGCCGUCUGUCCUUAGAAGGGGAGGAGGAAGGACGAUGACUUUCCUCGGAGGGUCCGCCCCGUCCAACCUCCAAUGCUUUCUUGAUCGCACCACGCCGGUCGUCCCAUCGCGCUACCUCCCAAAGUCGUGCCUGGAAGAGUUGAACCAGCUUUGGCACCCGUGGGAUUCCGACACCGUCGAGUACUUCGCGCUGAAAGAUCUCUGGGAUUGCUACGACGAAUGGAGCGCCUACGGUGCCGGCACUCCCGUCUCUCUCAACGGCUACGAGGCGCUCGUCCAGUACUACGUCCCUUACCUCUCCGCCAUCCAAAUCUAUACUAGCGCUUCAUCCUUAACUAACAUCAGGGGUCGUAAGAAAGAAAGAGAAACCGGUGUUCCUGAGAUGAGGGAAUUCAGUGAUUCUUGCAGUGAUGAUAGUGAGAGUGACAAGCUAUGGAGAUCCAGUUGUAGUUCUUCAGAGGAUUGUGAUUUCGAUCAGGACAGCUUGUGGCAUUUACGGGAUAGGUUGGGCUAUCUCUACUUCCAGUACAUUGAGAGGUCUGCCCCAUACGGAAGGGUGCCUCUCAAGGUUAAGAUUAGCGAAUUGGCUCAAGAAUUCCCAGGCUUGUUGACGCUAAGGAGUGUAGAUCUAUCUCCAGCUAGCUGGAUGGCAGUGGCUUGGUAUCCAAUUUAUCACAUCCCCGUAGGCAGAACUGUGAAGGAUUUGUCUGCGUGCUUCCUCACAUACCAUACCCUCUCAUCUUCAUUCCAAGAGGCCGGGCCCCACGAAGAUAUGGAUUGCGCCGAAAGGAAGCAGAGGGAGAGAAAAGGGAUGGCUCUCCCUCCGUUCGGCCUGGCCACUUACAAGAUGCAGGGGAGUGUGUGGGUCUCGGGAGCCGACGGCAGGGACCACGAUCGAUUGCUGUCACUCUUCAGCGCCGCGGAUUCGUGGCUAAAGCAGCUUGGGGUCCAGCACCAUGACUUCAACUACUUUAGGGGGAUUCGUCGUGGCUGAGCUGAGAGAUCUUGCAUCCAUUCGUAACUCCCCGACGCUCAUGGCAUGAAAACAGAAAAAAGAACAAAGAGAAAAAAAAGAAGUUCUUCAAAGUGUCUCCAUCUCAAUUUAUCGUGUGGGAGGACUUUCGUGGUGGACCGCCGGAUCCUCUUUGGAACAUAGCGGGUGAUGGUGUUUGUCCCAUUUUGCGCCGGCCCAACCUCUUAGCCUCUUAAGCUUGUGCGUCGCUGAGGUUGCUGUCCAAUUUAGAGGAGAAGAAACGAGGAAGGAGUAAUUUGGAACUCAUGGGGGUUUCGUUCACAUCUUUCUUUCUAAAUUGCCGUUCGUCUGACGAAUGCUGCGAUAGAGCGAUACCCCUCUAUUGGAUGUGACGAGAAAGAAAAACUGGGGGAUACAAUUCGAUCUGUGUUGAAAAUUUUGCCGUUGCCCAAGUUCAUGUUUAAAAAGGACGCUAUUUUUGGCUACAGAAAUCUGGUUGUUAAUCAAUUAUGCUUCAUGCAUUCAUUUUGUC